GCCCCGGAAGCGGCAGUAGGUGACGGCCGGCCCGGCCCGGCGGCAGCACGCACUGUUUUCAGCCGCGCGUUCAGGGCCGUCAUGGAGCACAUCCGCACCACCAAGGUAGAGCACGUGAAAUUACUGGAUAGGUUCAGCACCAGCAAUAAGUCUCUGGCAGGAACUCUGUACCUUACAGCAACUCAUCUGUUGUUCAUAGAUGCAAACCAGAGAGAGACUUGGAUAUUACAUCAUCACAUUGCUGCAGUGGAAAAGCUUCCCUUGACUACUUCUGGCUGUCCCCUUGUCAUCCAAUGUAAGAACUUCAGAAUAGUCCACUUUGUUGUUCCCAGAGAGAGAGAUUGUCAUGACAUCUAUAACUCCUUAUUGCAGCUGUCAAAAGCAGCAAAAUAUGAAGAUCUAUAUGCCUUCUCCUAUAAUCCAAAGCAAAAUGAAUCUGAGCAAGUCAAAGGUUGGCAGCUUAUUGAUCUAGCAGAAGAAUAUAAGAGAAUGGGAGUGCCAAAUGAUUACUGGCAGUUGUCCGAUGCAAAUCGUGAUUAUAAGAUCUGUGAAACCUAUCCUAGAGAACUUUAUGUUCCCAGAACUGCAAGCAAACCCAUAAUUGUUGGUAGCUCCAAAUUCAGAAGCAAAGGAAGAUUCCCAGUGUUGUCCUACUAUCAUAAAGAUAAAAAGGCUGCAAUCUGCAGAUGCAGCCAACCUCUCUCAGGCUUCAGCGCCAGGUGCCUGGAAGAUGAACACAUGUUGCAAGCAAUCAGUAAAGCAAAUCCUUCAAAUCGCUACAUGUAUGUUAUGGACACCAGACCAAAGCUUAAUGCGAUGGCAAACAGAGCUGCUGGGAAGGGCUAUGAAAAUGAAGACAACUAUUCUAACAUUAGGUUCCAGUUUGUUGGAAUUGAAAAUAUUCACGUGAUGAGAUCCAGCUUACAGAAACUUCUGGAAGUCAGUGGCACAAAGGGUUUGUCUGUCAAUGACUUCUUGUCUGGUUUGGAGAAUUCUGGAUGGCUGCGUCAUAUCAAAGCUGUUUUGGAUGCUGCUGUCUUCCUAGUCAAGGCAGUAGCGGUUGAGAGCGCGAGUGUGUUAGUGCACUGCUCAGAUGGCUGGGAUAGGACGUCCCAAGUUUGUUCUCUUGGAGCUCUCUUGUUAGAUUCCUAUUACAGAACAAUCAAGGGGUUUAUGGUCUUGAUAGAGAAAGACUGGAUUUCUUUCGGGCACAAGUUCUCUGACAGGUGCUGUCAGUUGGAUGGUGAUCCAAAAGAGAUCUCGCCAGUGUUCACUCAGUUUUUAGAGUGUGUGUGGAAUCUGACUGAGCAGUUCCCACAAGCCUUUGAGUACAAUGAAGCUUUCCUCCUUCAGAUCCAUGAACACGUCCACUCGUGCCAGUUUGGGAACUUCCUUGGAAAUUGCCAAAAGGAACGAGAAGAACUGAAGUUAAAAGAGAAGACAUAUUCCCUGUGGCCUUUCCUUCUAGAUGAACAAAAGAAAUACCAGAAUCCUCUGUAUAAACCAAGUUUUUCUCCGAAUCUGACUCUUUUGGAGCCUAACACUGUGUCAUUCAAUUUCAAGUUUUGGAGAAAUAUGUACCAUCAGUUUGAUCGAAGCAUGCAUCCCAGGCAGUCUGUGUAUGAUCUCAUCAUGGACAUGAGUGAACAAAAUAAACAACUGGAGGAAGACAUUAAACAACUGGAAGCUAAAAUAAAGCAGAAGAGAGGGCGGUCAGAUGCAGUCCUUGUGAAAGAACAUCAGCAGUCUGCUCAUCCUGCACCCGUGAUGCUGAAAACCCCUCCAUUCUUCAAGAAGGACCAGCCUCUGAUCCCUUUGAAUGAUGCUGUAAGAACUAUAGAGGGCAGCAACACAGCAGACAAUCGCUACAGUGAAUUCAUGGAAGAGCUUUCAAAAGCUGAGCCUGCUAUUGUCAGCUUGGAGUACGGAGUGGCCAGGAUGACCUGUUGAAAUCUGGCACAGCGCUCCUCUGUCCUAGACUGGCUGAGUUAAAAGACAGAUUGUUUUUGAGGAUGGGUCUGUGCUGCAUGACCAAAACAUGAUUUGUAUAUCAGCAAGUUUUGUUGAUGUAGAUUAGAACAGCAUGCUAGCUGUCGGGUGUUUGCUGUUCUUUAUAUGCAUAUAAAAAAGUGUAGUUGCCUCUAUUUCUUUUAAAAUACACUUGGUAAGUAGUGACUAAAAAUUGAGGAGUGGUAUGGUUGGUAUGUCUUUGGACUUAAGUCAGUUUGCACUAAAUUAAAAUGGUAAUCUUACUUUAUUCAGUACAGGAAAACACACGUGGUCUUUCACAAAUUGAUUUUAUGUGGGCAAGAAAACUUGAACUUUCUAUUUGGGGAACUGAAGUUAUGUGUAUGUAUACAUCACAUAUAGUAAAAUUAUGUAUAUUCUUGCUAAAUGUCACCCCUUACUAUUAUUCAGUAUAUUAAGUGCCAGGGAAAAGCAUAGUACAUUUCACAUCAUAAAUUGUUGGCCUUAAACCUGUCAGAUCAGUGAUACUGGUGUCUGUGACUGCUGCAGUCCGUAACCUGACUCUGUUUAUGCUGUAUUUGCUCUAAGUGUUCUUUCCUUAAAACAGGAUUGAACGCAGGGAAUGAAGCAUGCCUAAGCUGGCGUAGCCUUUCAGCAAAUAGCUAUAUGAAUGUUAAUUUAUUACUGAAGAUUGUUCUUUCUUACAGCUCCUCUAUUGUUUAAAAUAUAGAUUGGCCUGAUAUUGUUCUCUUUCAGCUCAGUAGGUUGAGCAUAAUUGAAGCUACAGGUCAUGUAUUUGAUCUUGAAUGUUUUGAUUUGUAGCAAGUACUUAAAUGUAGAAGAAAGAGAGUGAAACACGUCAGGAGAAAACUUGGCCAGUGUCUGAAUGAAACUGGACUAUUCAGAUUGUUUAACUGUGUGCUGUGCAGUUGUCCAAGUUCUGAGAAUGGAAGUGGAAAUCUUGGAAUUGUCGGCAAUUAGCAUUGCUCCCAAGUACAAAAAAGCUUCUAUUAGUGCGUCUGAAGCUCAUGAGAAACUGAGUGCCUCGUAUUAAACCUUUAAGAGAAAACUUUAGUUAUUAGGCUCCCUCUUUCCUUGUGAAAACCUGUCCAACCAGUGCAUCUUUAAGCAAUUCCAGUAGAGUCUGGAGAUACGUAGUUAGGCAAACUUCAUCUUGCAGAAUAUAGUAGACUUCCUGACACGUAAGAGGGAGGGGAAAAGAAAAUAAAGGAAAAUCUACGGUAUGUAAACUUAACUCUGUAUGUAGCCUUUUAGUAAGGGAGAAGGUUUCUGUCAGUUUCUAUCUCAUGAUUGAUUUUCUGAGCUGGUAACAGAACAGAGAAGUGCAAGUCAGUGCCCAGAUCUUUAGUGGAUGUACGAGAGAAUACUUCGGGUAUUAAGAUCCUUAGAUUAAUCCUGCUGAUUGUCUUUUAGAUAUAAAUCCCUUUUAGUGAUAUGGGAGAACGAGUUUAUUCUCAUCAUAAUCCCUGAAGUCUCUUUUAUUAAAAUUACUUGACAUAAUUGGCAGUUGUCCCCUUGGCACUAGAUUAGAUGCAGGACUUUAUUAGUAGGGCUGAUAUAGCGGUGGUGAUUGAAUUGCACUUGUGAAAUAUGGGUGAAAUUUAACUCUGACCCUUGUAUUUGGUGAGUAUAAGUCACUGUUUCUCUUUUAUUUUCUAAAAGUCUAUAAAUGUAAAUAAAGGUUCAUAAGUCUUUUUAUUCUCAGAGAGAUGGUCAUAUUUAAACUACAUUAUCCAUGUUUUGAUUUUUUUCACUACAGGUUUUGAUUUUCGCAUUUGCACAGUGGUGCCUUACAAGGUUACAACGAGAGGUUUCUGUGCCUUGUCAGUUGUUGUCUGCCCUUCACCUUCUGUAUCAACUUGAUUCUGAUUUUCCUUUGAAAAACAUCUUGUAUAAGCUUGUGUUGUAUCACACUAGUGAAACAAACAUCACUGACAAUAUAGGCAAGCGAUAUCAAUUUGUAAUUGUUUAAUAUUUAGCUGCUCUGAUGUGCCAUGUACAUUUUUCAUAUUUAUUGUUUAGAGUUUAUGAACUCAAAAGAUUACAUUAAGCUUUUUUGCAAA